AUGGAUGAAUUAGAAAAGAAAUAUUAAGAUCAAAUUAAUACUUUAUAAAAGGCUAUAAAGACAUAGAAUGAAGUACUUAUCAAUAAGAUUUAAACAAUCAUAAAUUAAUCGACUUUGGAAGUUUUUUAAACUCUUGAUAGAAACUUUGCUGAGUUUAGAUAGAAUUAUAGAGAAAUAAGAGACUUUAAAGAAUAAAACAUUCAAUUUGUUAAUUAUGAAUACUUAUGGGAAGAAAUUUAGAACUAUGCAAACUUAAAUUUGAGAAGUAAUCACAAUAUUUUAAUAAUGAAUAGCUUUGAGAGAAUAAAUUUCAAAUUCAAUUGGUGGUUUAUAAGAGAAUAAAUAAGCUACAAAUGAUGAUUAAUAGGUAUCUUCAUUAUUAGAUGUUAUGUAACUAUUAUUAAAGGCUGCAGAAUUAUACAUGAAAAAUUUAAAAGAGGCCGUAUCAUUACCUAAUCCUAUAGCUUUAAAAGAUAAAUUCAAAUAAAUAUAGUAAGAAGUUGGAGGAUUUAAAGAUGGAAGAAUAGGCAGAACAUCAAAUCAAAUUGAUAGUAUCUCCUAUAAAGAAAGUUAAAUGCUUAAUUGUAGUUAAAUAUUUGACAUAUUUCCAUUGUUGAAUAAAAAUUAAAUGUUAGUUGCAACAUAUGAAAAUGAAUUAUUUUUAUAUGAUACAAGUUUGAAUUCAUUAAUACAAAAAAUUGAUUCAAUGAGAUUUGUACCAUGUUCUUGUUUACAAUUGUUUAAAUUGAAUGGAAAAAAUUUAAUACCUUCAAAUUUAAUGUUAUUAGGUGGAAGUGAGUUCGAUCCAAAUAUUUAUUUGUUUGAUUUAUAUUUUGGUAAAAAAAUACAAACUUUUCCAGGACAUGAGAAAAGUGUUAGAUUUUUAUGUUAAUUGGGAGAUAUAAAUACAUUUGUAAGUUUAGGAAGAGAUUCUAAAAUGUUUUUUUGGAAUUUAAUAAAAGGAGAACCUCAUUAAAUAUUAUCAAUUCCAACAAUUGAAAUAAUUGAAAUGUAAUUAUAGGUAUCUACGAAAUGUAUAUAUACAUUAAGUAUAGAUGGUAGAAUUUGUAUUAUAAAAAUAUUUGAUGAUUUAAAAACUUUUCAAAAAGGAGAAAUUGUAAAUUUAAUUGAACUUGCUUAAACAUCAAGUUUAUCUUAGAUGAUAAUUGAAGAAAAAUUAAGAGUAAUAUCUUUUAGUAAUGGAUGGUUAACUGGUUAGAAUUCAAUUAGAAUUUAUGAUGAGAUUCCUUUGUAAACAGCAAGAAAAAUGAAGAAAAUGUUAGAAAUAGGAUUGGAGAGUGAAAUUUCAUAAUUAAAUACUAUAAUAGCAAAAGAUUAAUUGAUAGUUAUAAGUAUUGAUAAGAAUAAUGGAAAAUUAAAAGCAUUUUUAAAUGGAUAAAUAUUAGAUAUAAGCUAUAAUGGAUUAUAAGAGAAUGAUAAAUAGAAUAAAUAGUCAAGAUGGAAUAUCAAGUUAUUUAUAAUUAAUGGAUAAAUAAAUUUACUAAAAUUUGGAGAAAGCAAUGAAAUACAGAUUUUUUUAUUAAAAUAUAAAUAAAUUUGA